AUGUACCGCUUGAUGUCGCAGCAACGGUCCUCUAAAUACGGAGAUUUGGAAGCCUACGCACUAUUGAGGUCCCGGAGGACGAGAGUGGCAACACAGCCCGGGCAAAGAUUGCCAAUUCGAAAGCAGACGAAGGAUUUGUAUUAUUGGCAACCUCAGUCCUUUCAAGCUCACUAUCCCGACCUUGAACUGCUCGACACAAGCUUGAAUGCUCUCCCGAAACGUCUUACCUGCGAUGAAGACUCGUUACCAAUGCAAGAUCCAGCAGCCAUGGUCCAUGUCUAUGAGAGAGCUUUCGAGAAUCUUCAGCAGGCCAACUGCCGUGUCCUUGCCAAGGCGUAUAUCAAGAUGCUUGAGCCAAGAAAGCAAGUGAACUACCCGUACAAUGGACGGAGGUCAGUCGGAGGAAGAAAAGUGCAAUUUGAUCCAGAGGUGACAAAACCGCCCUGGUGGCCUUCCCAAGUGCGCCACCACGAGCCAGAUCAUCUCAAGAAAGCUGAGCGUAUCCGACUUCUUAUCCACAUUGUCCGCGAGCUGCACACGAGCCAUGGGAUAACCGUGGAUACACUCAAAGCCGCAGAUCGAUCUAUUCGAGAUAAAAUUCGACCAAGAAGUAGACUCCAAUUUCUCGAGGAAAUGUACAGUAUAAGAGAAGUGGAAGAACGAUUGAUCAGUAGGCAGACCGGUAACACCUUUACAACAUAA